AUGAACUCAUCCACACGUCUGGACAGUCUGGACGAAGCUCUCUCCAAGAACCUGACCUCCUUCGCCCUCGGCGUCAUCAUCAACUGCGUCAACGGCGCUUUUGUGCACAUCUACUUUAAGAACAAGGUGUUCCAGCGAGAGCCCAGGUAUGUGCUCUACAUCCACCUGGUGAUCAACGACAUGCUCAUGCUGACAGUUUCCGUGGCGCUGCAGAUCCUCACCUACACGGUUCCCCUGAGCUUUGCCCCCUGCUGCACCAUGAUUCUGCUCCUGACCACCACCAACAAGAACAGUCCUCUGAACCUGGCUGGCAUGGCAGUAGAGCGUUACAUCGCUGUCUGCCGGCCUCUUCACCACGUCCAGAUGUGCACCGUGCAGCGGGCCCACGCUCUGAUCGCUCUCAUCUGGGGCGUGUCCCUCAUCCCCGGCCUCGCAGACAUCAUCAUCCUCUUCGCCGUCCAGCCGCCGUCUGCCUCCACGGGGACUGUCGUCUGUUUCACCACCUCUCUUUACAACGCGCCGUACCACAAGGCUCAAGGUUUGGUCGUUCAGAUCCUUCUGUUCUCCUGCGUCUUCCUGACUUUGAUCGUCACCUACCUGAAGGUCCUGUGCGCUGCCCGGGCGGUCUCGGGUUCUUCCCAGGCCUCGACCAGAAACGCCCGCAACACCAUCCUGCUGCACGGAGUCCAGCUCUUCCUCUGCAUGCUGUCGUUCAUCUUUCCCUCGAUCAACGUGGUUUUGGUCACCACUUGGCCCCAGGCCCGCACCAAGAUCGUCUUCACUUCCUUCCUGUUCGUCAACGUGCUCCCGCGUCUGCUCAGUCCGCUCGUCUACGGCGUCAGAGACAAGAAGUUCAGCGGUCACAUCAGGCGGCACUUCUGCUGUAAACGCUGCAACUCUGCAGAAAGGAGGGGGAAGUUGGUACAGUAGGACCCUGGAGAAG